AUGAGUAAGAAAGCUACGGGUGACGCUGAUGAAUCCGACUUUUCUUAUGAAUACACAUCCUCUGAUUCUUUUGAAACCGUUUCCGAGGAGAUCUCUGAAUACGAGAAGGAGUACUUUGGAGAUAUUUCUGAAGAAGCUGGAGCUGAGUCUGAAGAGAAGGCGGCCUGGGAAGAUAGCGAUGACGACCCUGGAAUACGAGAAGAUCACAAGAAAACAGUAACAUGGCUUGACGGAAAGCAAUGCAAGAAGCAAAUAGAAGUUCGCAAGAAAAAAGUGAGAUUUGAAUACGAGAAGAAUCUAUUUCUCUCCAAGUGCAAAAUCAAACUGGCCAAAGCUCAUGGAGAGUAUUUGGUUGUUGUGGAUACCUACAACAAUAUCUACAUACUCAAGGAUUUCAAGAUCCAUAAGACACUUUGGAUUGAGUUGUUUGGGAUCUCGGAUUUUAUAUAUACAGGGGAAAGGAUCUUAUUCUCUUCGCAUAAGCAAAGCAACCUAAAGGAAGUUACAUUUGAUGGAGACGUCCGAAACAUAAGCAUAAAGUCUGUAGAAGGCAUAAAGAAGAUGAUUAGUAUUGGAGAUUUCAUAUAUACAAUUGGAAAGAAAUUAAUUCUUUUGAAUAGUUCCUACGAGGUGGUUGAGGUGAUGGAAGGAGAGUUUAUGGACAUUGCAGUAUCUGAGGAGGCUGUAUAUGCAAUGGGAUGUGGAGGAGAUAUCGUUAUGCUGACACCUGAUUUGCAGAUUUUAAGGAAGGAGAGCUUUGAGGACAAGUUUGAUUUCCACUCGAUAUAUUUUUUUGCAAAUCAAGUCUUUAUUGGAAUGGGAAUGGGAGUAAAGGUGCUUGACAAAGAUAUGAAGCCAGUCAAGGAGUUCAAAAACCUUAAAAAUGGGGUUACAGGGCUUACAGGCCAUAGAGAAUAUGUGAUAUACGGAUCGGAUUAUACCAAUUCCCUGAAGAUAAUCCUUCCAGGCCUGAAAUGCUUUAACAAGUUUCCAUUCAACGCCAUCAGUAUCCCUUCGAUUAAUUCUCUAGAAUCUGAUGGUAAGAAUAUUGUGGUCUGUUCUGGAAGAUCUGUUAGCAUUCUUCGAAUGAAAGUGGAGUGA